AUGGCUGCCACACCAAACAACACUCUGAGGAUCGUGCUGGUCGGGAAGACCGGAAGUGGGAAAAGUGCGACGGCAAACACCAUCCUCGGGGAAAAAGUAUUUGACUCUAGGAUUGCUGCGCAAGCUGUUACCAAAACUUGUCAGAAAGCAUCCCGGAAAUGGAAGGGGAGAGAUCUUCUCGUUGUUGACACCCCAGGGCUCUUUGACACCAAGGAGACUCUGAAAACCACCUGCAAGGAAAUCAGCCGAUGUGUCCUCGCCUCCUGUCCCGGGCCUCACGCCAUCGUCUUGGUCAUGAGGCUGGGCCGCUAUACACAGGAAGAGCAGCAAACUGUGGCGUUGGUCAAGAAUCUGUUUGGGAAAGCAGCCAUGAAGUAUAUGAUCAUCUUAUUCACUUGCAGAGAUGAACUGGGGGACCAGAGCCUGAGCGACUUUUUGAAGGAUGCAGAUGUAAACCUACGAAGCCUUCUCCAGGAGUGUGGAGAGCGCCGCUGUGCCAUCAGUAACAGCAGAAACACAGAGGAGGCUGAGAAGGAAGCUCAGGUGCAGGAACUGGUGGAGCUGAUAGAGAACAUGGUGCAGAACAACCAAGGGGCUUACUUUUCUGACCCCAUUUACAAGAACAUAGACCAAAAGCUUCCGAGAUGCAGUACACGGGUGCAAUACAGAACUCUGAGACUUGUCUUAGUGGGUAAGACUGGGGCAGGAAAAAGCGCAACAGGAAACAACAUCCUCAGAAAGAAAGUGUUUCUGUCUAGCUUUUCGGCUGUAUCCAUCACCAAGCACUGUGAGAAAGGAAGCAGCACCUGGAAGGGGAGAGAAGUUGUCGUCGUGGACACACCUGGCCUCUUUGACACGGAGGUCCCAGAUGCUGAGACUGUCAAGGAGAUUACCCGCUGCAUGGUGCUGACCUCCCCGGGGCCUCAUGCUCUGCUCCUGGUCAUCCCACUGGGCCGUUACACACUGGAAGACCAGAAAGCCACAGAGAAGAUCCUGACAAUGUUUGGAGAGAGAGCUAGGGAACACAUGAUUCUCUUAUUCACCCGGAAAGAUGACUUAGAUGGCAUGGAUUUCCGUGAUUACUUAAAGCAAGCUCCUACAGCCAUCCAAGAGCUGAUUCUCAAGUUCAGAAAUCGCUACUGUGUUUUCAACAACAAGGCCACAGGAGCUGAGCAGGAGGACCAGAGGGAGCAGCUGCUGGCCCUGGUCCAGGAUGUGGUGAACAAGUGCAAGGGGAGAUACUACACGAAUAGCCUCCACCAGGGAAGCCCACUGACUUGCCUACACUCUACAGCCUCUGAUGUGGACAUGGCUGUUGCCCAGGACAUCAGUCUGAGGAUCGUGCUGGUCGGGAAGAUCAGAAGUGGGAAAAGUGCGACUGCAAACACCAUCCUUGGGGAAAAAGUAUUCGACUCCAGGAUUUCUGCGCAAGCUGUUACCAAAACUUGUCAGAAAGCAUCCCGGAAAUGGAAGGGGAGAGACCUUCUCGUUGUUGACACCCCAGGGUUCUUUGACACCAGGGAGAGUCUGAGCACCACCUGCAGGGAAAUCAGCCAAUGUGUCCUCGCCUCCUGUCCCGGGCCUCAUGCCAUCAUCUUGGUCAUGAGGCUGGGCCGCUACACACAGGAAGAGCAGCAAGCCGUGGAGUUGGUCAAGACUUUGUUUGGGGAAGCAGCCCUGAAGUAUAUGAUCAUCUUGUUCACUCACAAAGAGUGGCUGGGGGACCAGAGCUUGAGCGACUUUUUGAAGGAUGCAGAUGUAAACCUACAAAGCCUCCUCCAGGAGUGUGGAGAGCGCCGCUGUGCCAUCAGUAACUGCAGAAGCACAGAGGAGGCUGAGAAGGAAGCUCAGGUGCAGGAGCUGGUGGAGCUGAUAGACAAGAUGGUGCAGAACAACCAAGGGGCUUACUUUUCUGACCCCAUUUACAAAGGCACAUUUGAAAACCUGAGAAAGCUGGAGGAAGUCUUGAAAAGAGAUGCUGAUCAAUUAAUAAUAGAAAUCCAAAAAGUGGAAAAGGAGUGUGCUCAAGCAUGCAAGAAGAUUAUUCAGGAAAAAGAGAACAAAAUUAAAUCACUAAAUAUGGAAUAUGAAGAAAAACUAAGAAACAUUUGGAAGGAGGCUCAAGACAAUAUAUUUAGCCAUGUAUAUGAUGAAAUUAUGAAGCUCCUUUCAAGAAUAUUCCCUUUGUUGAAGAAGUAA